CAAUGACUCCUGUACGCAUCAUCCCGGAUCCGAGAGGCACCAACUCACUCUUUCUACGCCCUUCCCUCCGCCUCCUUCCUCUCCAAGAAAAAGUAAGCGUGGAGAGCAAAAAUCUCCGCCGCCGCGCACCUACGCCCACGGAACACGCCGUCAUAUGAGUGGAGAGAGAACCCCGCGCCUCCUCCUCCGUGAGCUCCGUACAAGGAGGCUAGAGCGGCGGCAGCAUCGGAGGGGUCGGUGAGGAGGGCGAUGGUGCUCCCGCUGGUGAAGCUCGGCUCGCUCGCGUUCCGGACGCUGAGCAAGCCCAUCGCGGCCCGCCUCAAGUACAACGCCGGCAUCCACCCCAAGUUCCGCGGUCUCAUCAUCGGCAUCGCGCAGGCAAACCAUCGUUUCACGACAAAUAUGCAGAGGCGACUUUACGGACGUGCGACUGACAUUCACAUUCGGCCCCUGAAUGAGGAGAAAGCUAUUCAAGCUGCCGCAGAUCUUCUCGGUGAACUAUUUGUUUUCUCGGUCGCUGGUGCUGCGAUUAUCUAUGAGGUGCAAAGAAGUGCUAGGUCAGAAGCCAGAAAAGAGGAGGCCCGUCGUCUGGAAAUUGAGGGGAUAAAGAAAAGGGAGGAGCAACUAGCGCUGGAAGUACAGAUAAUGAAACACAAGAUUAGCGAGAUGGAGCGGCAGUACUCGAAGUGGACCCUUCCCGGGCUUCGCGGCUUCGGCACUGCCCAGGCGGCGGCACAGCCUGCUGGUACUCAGCACCCAACAGCUGCGUGAUUGCUCUACUUCUGCAACUGUCGACAGCUCGCGAUCUGGAUGGCCGACUGCAGACUGCCUCUGUUUAGCUUGCAUUUUACUCCGUUACAUAAUUGAUUCGACUUCAGUAGCUGGCGAAAGGCUGAGGGUUACGUUGUGGUACAACUGAAUCGAAGUUGUUAUCGCCUUAUAGGUUGAUCGGAUCGGCGACAUGACAUUCAGACCAUGUUUGUCGUAGCUUAACUUAUUUCACAGCUUCUUCAUAGAUUUAAGCAGGAGAUAGAUUUAAAUAGAAGUACCAAACAGUAGCUUCUGCAACAGUCUCCCCUUUUAGUCGUAGCUUAACUUAUUUCACAGAUUUGUCGUAGCUUAACUU